AUGAACGAACAAGACGCGCUACUUGGAGCCAAAGUUGCCUGCCUCGACUGCCAGCCCCGCCACGGCGUCUGCGGCGUCCCCACUAUGUACCCACCAAUCAACGGUCACGGUCGUCACGGAGAGGAGACCGUCGCCUCCUCGUCCCCGUCUGUCCAGGAGCGUAAUGACAUUACAGCGUCACGUCAUCAGGAUGAGCAACACUCGUCCCACUUCUGUCACCCACUGAGCGUAAUCACAUACACCCCGUCGGAAGUCCACGUCGUCCCGUCUCAAGAAUGGCACCCCUUGUUCCUGCAGCAAAAGGCACUGAAUGAGCCCGUGCUCAUUACCGGCAAUAGCCAUGGAAUGGCAAGACUUGACGCACCGUUUCCAGCGCUUGAUGCUACGGUUGUUGCGGAGCUCUUGGCUGCGAAUCGACUCGUGUGGUCAACCGACGUGGCCACGCAGACCAAAGUGCAGCUCACAGCCUUGACGUGGUCACGCACAGCUUGUCCUGAUCAGUACCAAGAGAAGUAUGGAAAAGCCGAUACGUCGGUUGCUAAUGCUGAAUUUCAGGUAUUCCGGACGCCAUUACAGCGGCAGGUUGCACCGCCAGUGGCUGUUACUCGAGUGGAUUGGCGGUACUUGUUGACCUCUAGCCGUGUACUCAAUGGGGGGCCGAACGCAAGUGCGGACGUCUUUGGUGCAUUUCUCGAGUGUAACAGUUACCUGGAUUUUACACUAGCCCCUGGAGGGCAGUGCAUGUGGCUCUCGGUAUCUGCUGGCGAGCUCGGGGUGUACCUGAUACCGCCGUCUACAGUCAAUUAUCAGGUCUACCAAGCAUGGAAACACGACCAGGACGGUGCAACGGGGUGUCUGGUUGAAAGAGUCGAUACAUGCAUCAAGUGUUCCGUAAGUACAGGCAGUACACUGCUUAUACCAGCUGGCUGGAUCUUUGCCCGCUAUGCUGGCGGUGUGCAGAGCUGCUCGCUGUUUUACGGUUUUUUCACGUGCAUAUCGGCAAUGGCAGCUCAGCUGGGUGUUGUCUUGCUGGAGAUGCAACACGAGACACUCGUGCACUAUUGGCAUCAUACGACAUCGGGUUGGUCCUCGGUCGAUGUGAACGCGCAGCUCUGGACAGCUCUACGAUUUUACUGGAACCAGUUGCUCCUGAUGCAUAACGGCUUGGAUGUCCAAGUGAGUGACCAGGAUCGGCAAGCCUUGCAGCGUGCAAUACCCCGGUUACGGGAGUGGAGUGCACACCCUGCAUCGUUGAAGUCAACGGAUCGCACUACGUGGGUCCCUAGCUCUCAGCACGAGGCACAAGCUAUUGUGGACCGUGUUGAGCAAGCUCUUGCUGCCAUUGACCUACUGACCCACAAUGCAGAAGAAGACUCACAAUUGACUGCGCAUUUGGGCAGUGACAGCAAGCUGCCAACCAUCUCGCUCAAUGAGGCAUCCUACAUCUAUUCAGCUGCAUCGGAACCAGAUUCCGACAGUGGAUCCGUUUGGGCGACAUCGAGUGCUGGUUUUGACGGUAGCAUCACGAGCAAUUUUAGCUCACUCGCACCAAUGGGGACUAUGUGGGCCAGCUUUGAUCCUCUACAGCAGCAGUUAAGAUCGACCUCUAACCAGCCGUACGUCAGCAACAGUCCAAGGUGUCAGGAUCGAGUCCCCCGUAACGAUUCGCCGCACUAUGACAGUGCAAGUUGCGGAUACAAAUCACCCAAACCUGGGAGGGAAGGCAGCACUGGAAUUUUGAUGCCAACUUCACGGUCAAAACAAGGUCUCAGUUCAAUCCGUGGCAUACCGACAUAUCCGGUAGAUGCAGCCAAUACGUCCGUGACAUCAGCAGUUGGAUCAAAUUUUCACCAACUUCAAUCGAACUGUAACAUGGACUACGUGGAUAUGCUGAAGCAGCACCGAGCGUCGUGCCAUCGGUGUGGCAAUCUGCGAAAGAAGAACGUGUGGUGUCCGACUUGUCCCCAUAUUUUCUGCGCAAGAUGUGCUGAUAAGAUGCACGAAGAGCACGGCGAUCGUGUGUUUGAGAAUGGCUGCCCUGUGUGCAAGGAACUGUGUUGCUGCGGCAAGAACCGCACGCUGAGCUGUUUGCGCAUGUUCCACUGCUACAAAAAGUGCCCGUCGACCAAGCGGUCUACAGGUGGAUAA